AGGGGAACACGUUCGUUUGUGCCAGAGCCACUCUCCUGUAACCACGGGAGAUGGGGCAGUCUGUGCCGUGAGGACGGAGAUCGGAAGAAGGAAAACAGGGACAAGAAAACAAGCGAGACCGAAGAGGACAUCUGGAGAAAGCGGAAGGCAGGAGACAGGGAGGGGAAAGCAACCCACGCCAGGUGGAAACAGGACCUAGAGCAAACCGGUCGGGUCCACGUUGUUUCUGGGAGAGAAGAGAGUACCGGAGGAUUGCCUUUUUUUCCUGUCAGUUAAUGAAAACUACUUUUAUCCUCAUCAUAAAAGAAAAGGGUAAGGGGAGGUAAAGACAAUCUGUUUUCUUAGGGGAAGAGCUGAGGGAAAUCCGGACUACCUCCUUGAAGCAUCUGAAAUAAGCCAGUGCCUGGUACACAUUGCUGAAAGGUCCUGGUUUCUGAAGAGCUACAUCCUUUUUUCAGGAGAAUUCCAGCCGGAGUAGCUGGUACAGUUCUAUUUUUAUAUUUAAAUAUCUAUGCCUCCCCCUUGCCGCCCCCAACAACACUUUCCUUGUUUGUAAGCACGAGUGACAAGAAAGUGUCACGGCAGAGUAGGAAUAUUUUCAUUUUUCUCUUUUAUCUGCCUGGGUCUUUUUUUUUUUUUUUUUUAAAGAGGGUAGGAGUGGUCCUUAUCACAUCACGGAAAAGGACGUCUCCAUUUGAAAGGCUUUCUCUCUAAAUAUAUUUACAUCCAUAUGCAUUAGAAAGAGAGAUACCUUUCGGAGGUUGAAAUCCUACUGAGAAACAUGGAAAAAGGAGCCAGGCACCGAAACAACACUGGAAAGAACCACCCAGGUGGGAGCGAGUCGGAGGCCAGCCCCGAGAGUUCUGGAGGGGGCGGAGUGGCCCUGAAGAAAGAGAUUGGAUUGGUCAGUGCUUGUGGUAUCAUUGUAGGGAACAUCAUUGGCUCCGGAAUCUUCGUCUCACCCAAAGGUGUGCUGGAGAAUGCCGGCUCUGUGGGCCUCGCCCUCAUCGUGUGGAUCAUAACAGGCCUCAUCACAGCUGUGGGAGCCCUGUGCUAUGCUGAGCUCGGGGUCACCAUCCCCAAAUCUGGAGGUGACUACUCCUACGUCAAGGACAUCUUCGGAGGACUGGCUGGGUUCCUGAGGCUAUGGAUUGCUGUGCUGGUGAUCUACCCCACCAACCAGGCUGUCAUCGCCCUCACCUUCUCCAACUAUGUGCUGCAGCCGCUCUUCCCCACCUGCUUCCCCCCAGAGUCUGGCCUUCGCCUCCUGGCUGCCAUCUGCUUAUUGCUCCUCACAUGGGUCAACUGCGCCAGUGUGCGGUGGGCUACCCGAGUUCAAGACGUUUUCACAGCUGGGAAGCUCCUGGCCCUGGGCCUGAUCAUCGUCAUGGGAGUUGUACAGAUCUGCAAAGGACAGUACUUCUGGCUGGAGCCAAAGAACGCAUUUGAGAAUUUCCAAGAACCUGACAUCGGCCUCAUCGCGCUGGCUUUCCUUCAGGGCUCCUUUGCCUAUGGGGGCUGGAACUUUCUAAAUUACGUGACGGAGGAGCUUGUCGAUCCCUACAAGAAUCUUCCCAGAGCCAUCUUCAUCUCCAUCCCACUGGUCACAUUUGUGUAUGUCUUUGCCAAUGUCGCUUAUGUCACUGCAAUGUCCCCCCAGGAGCUGCUGGCAUCAAACGCAGUCGCUGUGACUUUUGGAGAGAAGCUCCUAGGGGUCAUGGCCUGGAUCAUGCCCAUUUCCGUCGCCCUGUCCACAUUUGGAGGAGUCAAUGGGUCCCUCUUCACCUCCUCCCGGCUGUUCUUUGCUGGAGCCAGGGAGGGCCACCUUCCCAGUGUGUUGGCCAUGAUCCACGUGAAGCGCUGCACCCCAAUCCCAGCCUUGCUUUUCACAUGCAUCUCCACCCUGCUGAUGCUUGUCACCAGCGACAUGUACACACUCAUCAACUAUGUGGGCUUCAUCAACUACUUCUUCUACGGCGUCACAAUUGCUGGACAGAUAGUUCUUCGGUGGAAGAAGCCAGACAUCCCCCGCCCCAUCAAGGUCAGCCUGCUGUUCCCCGUCGUCUACCUGCUGUUCUGGGCCUUCCUGCUGGUCUUCAGCCUGUGGUCGGAGCCCGUGGUGUGUGGCACCGGCCUGGCCAUCAUGCUGACAGGGGUGCCUGUCUAUUUCUUGGGUGUUUACUGGCAACACAAGCCCAGGUGUUUCAAUAAGUUCAUUGAGCUGCUGACCCUGGGGAGCCAGAAGAUGUGUAUGGUUGUGUACCCCAAGGUGGAGGAGGACUCAGGGACAGAGGAGCUACAGGAAGACAUGCAGGAGCAGCGGCAGCCCACUGCCCCCAAGGACAAGGAUGCAGAGGAGCCCUGAGGACCACCCUCCCCUCUCAGCUGCUUCCCUCCUCCUUCAUCCCCCUCUCUGCCCUCCUGCCCUGCCUGGGUCCCCCAAACACACACACACCCCUCUGCCUCUGUCAUUCCGGGGUCAGGACCUGGGUGUGGGUGGUGAGAAACUAUAAACAAAGAUACUGACAUUUGUACCCAAAGAUCCAGCCUCCUCUCACCCCCAAGGCCUGUGUCUAAAGCAGUGGAGCUUCUGGGGUGCCCUACACGGCCCUCCCUCCUGGGCCCACACCCUUAGUCACUUCCUCAGGAACCUGAGUUCAGGGCUGCCUUCCCUCCCCAUUCCUGAGCCCAAGGGAGGCCUCAGCUCCAACAGAAGUGGCAGCAACAGUGAGUCACUUGGGGACAGACUCGAGCAAAUCUGUCACCAUUAAAGGUCAGCUGCAGAGACCCAAAUCCCCCUCCCUUCACCAGUGACCGAAGACAUCAGAGGUGAUGCCUCCCUCUGCCCCCCCUCCCCCCUCCCCCUCCCCCCCUUCCUCCCCCCCCACAGCCUGGGCCUUCUGUGCAGAGUGAGGUUCCUGUCAGGACAGCAUCUCCCCACUGACCUAAGGACCAAUGUGCAGGAGGACUGCCCCCUCCCCUAACCCCGGCCGGGCCUGUGGAACAGAUUGGGAAAGGCUCAGAUUGUAGAAACCCAGCCUUGCCCCUGCCUCCUCCCCCCAACUCAGUGCCAAAGCUUCCUGAAGCCAGAAAGCUGCUUAUUUCCAAUGUAGCAGACAUUUCUCUCCUAAUGACAAAGCAGCUCCUCUCCUCCUCCCUCCCACCCCCAUGGGAAGGAGCCCACCGCCCUGUUACCCCCGCAGUGAUGCUCCAACACAGCCCCAGGCAGCCAGCUCUGCCGGCAGCCCCAUCUUGCCCUUCUCCUCCUCUCUGGACUUUUGCUCCUGGGGUGUGAAGGCUCCCCAAGCCCUUCAUGCCUGAAAGUCGAGCCAAAUCAGCCUUAAGUCACCUCCCAUCCAAGAACUGGACCUAAAAAUACCCCCUUAUUUCCAGCCCUCUGGUCAGACCUGGCAUGAAAAGCCUUCCAGGGAGGGAGGGCUAUUUCCCAUCUCCCCAGAGGUACCCAUCCCAUCACCUCGGAGACUGUUUGGGGAGAAAGUAUAUUCUGAAGGCCAUUUCCUCCCCCAACUCAGAUCACCCCUCCCUCCUUUCUGCUCACACCACUGUCCCGUCUGGACAGCCUCCAGGACAGGAUGAGAGGACAGUGGCAGAAGGUACCCACUUUGGAGGCUCUCGGAAAAGCCCGUUCUCUAUGGUUUGCUGACUUGUGGCCAUCCUGUCCUGCAGGCAGGAAGCUGCCAUUCCCUGUGCUCCAAAGAAGGUGCUGGUGUUUGCCCUGGGCCCUUGCAGCCUCCUAGCCACACCUGUUGUGCUAAGGACUGGGAUUCUUUUAUCCCAAGCAGGAGUCCCCCCCCUUACCCCAACUCCCUAUCCUGUCUGCUGAAACUGGAAAACCUGGGGAGUCCUCCUGGCCUACUUGGGUCUCCCAGCUUCCCACCCAGCCUGCUUGAGCCUGCAUUGGUAAGAUGCGGGUUUGGUCCGAGUUGUGGUCCCUUCAGAGUGGACUCCAGGCAGACUGGGGCUGGCCCCUGGAGGGUCAGGGGACCAUCCUCUUGUUCCCUCUUCUCAUUCCUCCAACCUUCAAUUAUUGUUUUUUUGUAAAGUGGAUGCCUUACUUUUUGGAUAAAUAUUUUUGAAGCUGGCAUUUAUAUUUCUUUUGGAUUUUUAAGGUUUUGUUCUUUUUUUUUUCGGGGAGGGUUUUAGUUAUAGCUGGAUAAUAAUCUUCUGUCUUUGAGUUGGUUUAGGUUUUAGUUGUGUGUUUUGUUUUGUGAGGGUUUUUUUUUUUUCUGUUGAUGUAAUAAAAUUUUAAAUGGAAA